AUGGAAAAUACAAAUAUCACUAAAUUCAUUUUGCUGGGCCUUACACAAAGUCCAGAGCUUCGAAAAAUAUUCUUUGUAAUUUUCUUAAUUAUAUAUAUUAUCACAGUGAUAGGGAACCUACUCAUUGUCUUAACCAUGACUGCCAGUCAAAGUUUGAGAUCACCCAUGUACUUUUUUCUAACCUUCUUAUCCCUCAUGGAUGCUGCCUACUCUUCAGUCAUUGCUCCUAAGAUGAUUGUAGAUUUACUCUAUGAAAAAACAACCAUCUCCCUGGAAGGCUGCCUGAUCCAGGUCUUUGCAGAGCAUUUUUUUGGUAGUGUUGGCAUCAUCCUCCUUGUGGUAAUGGCUUAUGAUCGCUAUGUGGCCAUCUGUAAACCCCUGCACUAUAUGACCAUCAUGAAUCCUCGGGUAUGCCACCUGCUAGUGGCAGCAGCCUGGAUAGGAGGUUCCAUACAUGGUACUAUACAACUACUCUUCAUGAUCAAUGUUCCUUUCUGUGGUCCUAACAUUAUUGACCAUUUCCUAUGUGACUUGUUCCCAUUGCUGAAACUGGCCUGCAUGGAUACCCAAGUUCUUGGUCUAUUAGUCAUUGCUAACAGUGGAAUAUUGUGCCUGUUAACCUUUAUCUUAUUAAUUGUCUCCUAUAUAAUUAUCCUCUCUUCCCUGAAGGGUGGUAGUUCAGAAGGAAGGCGAAAGGCCUUUUCUACCUGUAUGAAAAUAAAAGUCAAAUCAGGUACCGUUAGAGGUGUGCAGAAUCCACCUCUAGCUUGCAGAGGAUUGUUAAAUUUCCAGUGA